GGAGGUAUUUUUUUGAUGACGUCACCAAGAAGCCACCAGAGGAAAAGUUGUGAAAAGUUUUUUGUGAGGUUCUAGUGAAGUUCUGCUGGACUUUUCUGCGACAUGGCGGGAGUGGCAUCCAGUCUGGCCAAGAAGCGGGCCAUGGCGGCCGGCUUCGGAAGCAACCACAAGGCGGUUCCGUACCUGAACCAGAACUUCGCGGCUCUGCGGGCCCAGUGUGUGAGCAACGGACGCCUCUUCUGCGACCCGACCUUCCCCGCCGAACCCGAAGCCCUGGGCUUUAAGGAACUGGGUCGGAACUCGUACAAGACUCGCGGUGUGACCUGGAAGAGACCCACGGAGCUGGUGUCCUCACCUGAAUUCAUUGUGGGCGGAGCCACCAGGACGGACAUCUGUCAGGGCGCGCUGGGUGACUGCUGGCUGUUGGCGGCCAUCGCUUCGUUGACGCUGAACGAGUACGUGAUGGCCCGAGUGGUUCCUUCGGACCAGGGCUUUGGCGACGACUAUGCCGGCAUCUUCCACUUCCAGUUGUGGCAGUUCGGCGAGUGGGUGGACGUGGUGAUCGACGACCGACUGCCAGUCAAAGACGGAGAGUUGCUAUUUGUCCACUCGGCCGAGGGGCGGGAGUUCUGGAGCGCCCUGCUGGAGAAGGCCUACGCCAAAGUGAACGGUUGCUACGAGGCCUUGUCAGGGGGGUCCACCACCGAAGGCUUCGAGGACUUCACGGGGGGCAUCGCCGAGAACUACGACCUGCAGCGACCUCCCGGUGACCUCUUCGAAAUCGUCAGCAAAGCGUUGGAGGCGGGAGCGCUGCUGGGAUGCUCCAUCGACAUCACCAGCGCCGCGGACUCGGAGGCGGUCACUCGCCAGAAGUUGGUCAAAGGCCACGCCUACUCUCUGACAGGCGCCGUAAAGGUCAACUACAGAGGUCGUCAAGAGAAGCUGGUGCGCAUGAGGAACCCCUGGGGUCAAGUCGAGUGGACCGGCGCUUGGAGUGACGGGUCGUCGGAGUGGGACUACGUGGAGGGGGCGUGUCCGCAUGCCAACGCAGAGGAUGGAGAGUUCUGGAUGUCCUACAAGGACUUCCUGCGUCACUACUCUCGCAUUGAGGUGUGCACUUUGACCCCCGACACCAUCUUGGACGACUCUGUGAAGCACUGGAGUGUCAACAAGUUCGACGGCUCGUGGCGUCGUGGCUCCACGGCCGGCGGCUGCAGGAACCACCCCUACACCUUCUGGAUGAACCCGCAGUUCGUCAUCAAGUUGGACGAGGAGGACGACGACCCCGACGACGGCGAGGUGGGGUGCAGCUUCGUGGUAGGUCUGAUCCAGAAGAACCGCAGGAAGCUCCGCAAGCAGGGAGAGGACAUGCACACCAUCGGAUUCGCCAUCUACGAGGUUCCCAAACAGUUCCACGGCCGGCAGCAGGUUCACCUGGACAAGAACUUCUUCGUGACGCACGCUCAGACCGCCAGAUCCGAGACCUUCAUCAACCUUCGAGAAGUCAGCUCGCGCUUCAAGCUGCCGCCCAGCGAGUACCUGGUGGUGCCGUCCACCUUUGAGCCGAACCUCAACGGCGACUUCUGCAUCCGCGUCUUCUCGGAGAAACGCACCGAGACCGUGCCGUUUGACGACCCGGUCAGCGCAGAUCUUGAUGACGAACUGGUGACAGAGGAGGAAGUGGACGCCGGAUUCCGAGGUCUCUUCGCCAAGCUAGCAGGCGACGACAUGGAGAUCUCCGCGGGGGAGCUGAAGACCAUCAUGAACAAGAUCGUCGCCAAGCGAAGUGACAUCAAAACGAACGGUUUCAGCAUGGAGACGUGUAGAGUCAUGGUCAACCUCAUGGAUGACAGCGGGAACGGCAAGUUGGGCCUGGGCGAGUUCGCCACCUUGUGGAAGAAAGUUCAGCGCUAUCUGUCCAUCUACAAGAAGAACGACGUGGACAACUCGGGCACCAUGAGCACGCCUGAAAUGAGGGUGGCCUUUAAAGAUGCAGGUUUUACGCUCAACAACGCCAUCUACCAGCUUUUAGUGGCUCGCUACGCCGAGCCCGACUUGACCAUCGACUUCGAUAACUUUGUGGGCUGUUUGAUGCGGCUGGAGAUCAUGUUCCGAAUCUUCAAAAAGUACGACCCCAAUGACAGCGGCUCCAUCGAACUCAACUUCAACCAGUGGUUGAACUUCUCCAUGAUCUGAGCGUCCGCCUGCCAUCAACUACUUCCUGUUUGUCAGUCAGUGCCUUUGCUUUACAUUUCAAAUGAUUGCAAGCAAAAACAUUUAAAUAAAACUUCAUUCAAACUAGAGUUAGCGUGAGUGCUAGCAUGUGGCCAUCUUGGGCUGUACAACUUGAAGCGGGACUGUAUCUCUAUUGGUAAACUUUUGUACUUAA